AUGUCUACUGAACACUAUUCUUCCUACAUCUCGAUCCUCUGUACGCCCGGGACAUAUUCGGCUACCAUUCAAUUUGUGUUCAUCAGUGCUCAUAGUGUUGAUAAGACUUUAUUACUAGUAUUGAUAUGUACUGGUGGUGUGCUCAUUACUAAGUCCACAGGAUCUGUGGGGCAUGGUGAUCUCCGAAAGGUUACUUUGUGGUAG